AUGCCGAAUGAUUCGAGUACAUCAGCAAUAUGUAUUAAUAGCAAUGAUCAGAAUCCUAAAAUCGGUUUAAGUAUCAUGCAAUGGUUGAAGAAAUUCAGCUGUUUCAAAGUAGAAACGCGUGGAAGUGAUCGUAUCUUGCCCGAAGAUCGAACUGAUUCUACUAUCAUUAAUACAGCAUUAAUGUGGAUGGGUGCGAAUACAAUCAUACCGACUUUUACAAGUGGAAUACUUGGUCCAGCAGUAUUCAAUUUAAAUCUUUAUGAUUCGAUCAUAACAAUUCUCAUUUUCAAUUUACUUGGAGCUAUUCCUGUUGCAGGUAUAGCAUGUUUUGGCCCAGCAUCUGGUCUGCGUACCAUGCUUAUUUCCCGUUAUAGUUGGGGUUACUAUGGUGCUUCUAUCCUGUCAUUCAUCAAUGUGUUUCUUUCACUCGGUUGGGCAGCUGUGAAUAGUAUAACUGGAGCACAAACACUUCGUGUUGUUUUCGAUGAAAGAUUUCCUUUGACGAUCGGAAUUGUGAUUAUUGGUAUCUUAUCUUUGGCUAUCUCAUUUGUUGGCUACGAAUGGAUUCAUUACUAUGAACGAUACUCGUGGAUACCAGUCUUUGUUGGAUACUGUAUAUUAGCGGGAGUUGGUGCAAAGUAUUUUACUUUGUCUGAACCGACACCGCUGAAUACGACAAUAGUAGAUUAUCGUGGGAAAAUCUCGCAUGCCCUCAGUUUCGGUUCAGUCUGUUUCGGUAUUUCUGCUAGUUGGUCUGCAUGUGCAGCGGAUUACAAUGCAUAUUUUCCUGAGAAUACCAGUCAAUCGAAAAUUUUUCUUCUAACUUAUUUCGGUAAUUUUCUAUCGAUGACUCCAUUGCAACUGCUUGGAGCGGCGACUUUCACAGGAACGUAUACAAAUUCGAAUUGGAAGAAUGCAUAUGAAAAAGACAAUGUCGGUGGAUUAUUCGGUGCUUGUCUAUCGUCUCUGGGUAUUUUCGGUAAACUGAUUUUGAUCCUGUUUGCAUUAUCGUCUGUAGCAUGUAAUAUACCGAAUAUGUAUUCGUUAUCUUUAUCUGCACAAGUCAUCGCUCCGGUCUUCAAAUGUAUCCCACGUGUUCUGUAUACUAUUGUCGGUACGACAAGUUAUGUUCUCCUAGCUAUUAUUGCUGCUUAUCGAUUCAACGAUGUUCUGUUAUCAUUCAUGAGUGUUACAUCCUACUGGUCGGUUGUAUUAAUUGUUAUCAUAUGUGAAGAUCACAUCUUAUUUCGACGGUGUUCAUUUAAAAAUUAUGAUUUCGAUAGUUGGAAUAAUCGUCAGCAAUUACCGAUUAGUUUCGGGGCGAUUCUCUCUGCUGUCGUCGGGUGUAUUGGCAUUGGACUUGGUAUGUCGCAGAUAUGGUUAGUUGGACCAAUUGCAAAAGCUGUAUCAGGUGAGAAUAGUGACGAAGGUGCAGAUGUUGGUUUCGAAGUGGGAAUUCUAUUCACAGCAAUCAGUUAUCCAAUAUUUCGAUCGAUUGAAUUAUAUUUUAUAAAAAAAUAA